AUGAUUUGUACAAACUGUAUUCUGCAUCACGCGAGAACUACUUUUGAAAGUAAAAUUAUUAAUGAUCACCAACAAAGCGAGUCGGAAAGACCGCGUGAUGGCGGGUCGGAAGGACCGCGGAAUGGCGGGUCGGAAGGACCGCGCAAUGGCGGGUCGGAAGGACCGCGCAAUGGCGGGUCGGAAGGACCGCGCAAUGGCGGGUCGGAGGGACCGCGCAAUGGCGGGUCGGAAGGACUGCGCAAUGGCGGGUCGGAAGGACCUCGCAAUUGUGGGUCGGAAGGACCGUGCAAUGGCGGGUCGGAGAGACCGCGCAAUGGCGGGUCGGAAGGACCGCGCAAUGGCGGGUCGGAAGGUCCGCGCAAUGGCGGGUCGGAAGGUCCGCGCAAUGGCGGGUCGGGAGGACCGUGCAAUUGUGGGUCGGAACGACCGUGCAACUGCGAGUCGGAAGUACCGCGCAAUCGCGGGUCGGAAAGACCGCACAAAGACGGGUAG